CAUCACGCGUUUUACACUUCAGUUUGGGGAAUAACGGGAACCAUUUCCAGCACGUGCUCUUCCCUAAACCUGGUCUUCAUUUUUUUUUUUUAGCAUUUGUUUCCCCUUUGAGUGAAACUGUAGAUUUAAAAUUAACGCGCGCACGCCGCACAGUUCCUCAAGAGCUCCAUUCUUCCCGCAGGACGAACCCGGUGCGUGGAGCACGUGACUCUUCUGGAGCCACAGAGCAGCUCGCGCUCCCGCCGCAUGCGUGCAUCUCUCUAACGGAGUCUCCAGCUUCAGGACGAUCAUUUGUUGCUGCUCAGAUACAAACCCUGUCCUGUUUUCUCCUCUUCUUGUCUCAACGCGUUUGCUUUUCCAUUCCGGAUUGUUUUUUGUAUUUUUUUUUUUUUUUUGUAUCUUCCGUCGCUGUGAGAGGGAAUGGAGUAGAAAUGCAGUGGUGACAGAUGCGGAGAAGCAGGUUGCAUUAUUUUUCCACGCUUACACCCUGAGCACACUUUCAGCAGGGUGGUCUUGUGCAUAUGGACCACUGGCACCCUGCGUUCUGGCACCGCGGAGUGUACCACUACCAGCAUGCACGCGCUCGGCUCACUGCAUCUCAGCCGCUUCCUGACAGUGUCUGAGUGCUGAACUUGUUGCUGUAGAGCGCAGAACAAUACCUGGAAUACUUUUCUGCAUUUUUUUAUUUAUUUAUUUUUUUAAGUUCCAGGAAAACAGCCGAGUCAAUCAAGGAGUACAGUUCAUGUCAAGUGCACGCGCUAUUUGAAUGGAGAUGUCCUUGCACUCUGUCGUGGAUCUCUGAGCGGGAAACGGAGCGUCGAGUCACCCUGAGUUGGACGAGCUUGCGCUACAGCUUGCGAGGUCAGCAUGGCGGCUGGAGUUGCAGCCUGGUUACCCUUCGCGCGUGCCGCGGCUAUAGGCUGGAUGCCGGUGGCGAGCGCGCCCAUGCCCGCUCCACCACGGGACAAGAGGCGCGCGCAGGACGGCCUGAUCAUCCUAAACGUGAGUGGCACUAAGUUUCAGACGUGGAGGAACACGUUGGAGCGCUACCCGGACACACUCCUGGGCAGCACAGAGCGCGACUUCUUUUACCACGAGGAGACCAACGAGUACUUCUUCGACCGCGACCCGGACAUCUUCCGGCACAUUUUGAAUUUUUACCGCACCGGGAAGCUGCACUACCCGCGCCACGAGUGCAUCUCUGCGUACGACGAGGAGCUAGCCUUCUUCGGGAUCAUCCCCGAGAUUAUUGGAGACUGCUGCUAUGAAGAGUAUAAAGACCGCCGGAGAGAGAACGCCGAGCGGAUUCAAGACGACGAGGACACCGAUAACAACAACGACCUCGCGCUGCCGGACAUGACGUUCCGCGAAUCCAUGUGGCGCGCUUUUGAGAACCCGCACACCAGCACCAUGGCCUUGGUGUUCUACUAUGUGACAGGUUUCUUCAUCGCCGUGUCGGUCAUGGCCAACGUGGUGGAGACGGUGCCGUGCGGCACGACGCCGAACCGCGCCAAGGAAUUAUCCUGCGGUGAUCGUUACGCGCUCGCCUUCUUCUGCCUGGACACGGCCUGCGUCAUGAUCUUCACCGUCGAGUACCUGUUGCGCCUGAUCGCCGCACCCAGCAGGUACAAGUUUGUCAAGAGCGUGAUGAGCAUCAUCGACGUGGUGGCCAUCAUGCCUUACUACAUUGGCCUGGUCAUGACGGACAACGAGGACGUGAGCGGCGCCUUUGUCACCCUCAGGGUCUUCCGAGUCUUUCGGAUUUUCAAGUUCUCGCGCCACUCGGCCGGCCUGCGCAUUUUGGGCUACACGCUGAAGAGCUGCGCCUCCGAGCUGGGAUUCCUCCUCUUCUCCCUCACCAUGGCCAUCAUCAUCUUCGCCACCGUUAUGUUCUACGCGGAGAAAGGCUCCAACGCGAGCAAGUUCACCAGCAUCCCAGCGGCCUUCUGGUACACCAUCGUCACCAUGACCACUCUGGGGUAUGGAGACAUGGUCCCCAAGACAAUAAUGGGCAAGAUUUUUGGCUCCAUCUGCUCCCUCAGUGGUGUGUUAGUGAUCGCUCUGCCCGUGCCUGUCAUCGUGUCUAACUUCAGCCGCAUCUACCAUCAGAGUCAGCGUGCAGAGAAACGCCGUGCGCAAAAGAAAACCAGGCUUGCUAGAAUUCGUGCCACGAAGAGCUGGGGUGCUAACGCUUAUUUGCAGUACAAACGCAAUGGGCUGCUGGUCGACGCCGAGGAGGAGGCAUCGAAGGAGGCAGGGAAGGCGCUGGUUUGCAAGACUAAUCCCACAUUUGAGACUCAGCAUCACCACCUCCUACACUGCCUGGAAAAGACUACGAAUCACGAGUUUGUGGAUGAGAAUACAUACGAGACGAGUUGCAUGGAGGUGUCCAUGGUGAAGCCGUCCACCUCGCGUUCCUCCUCCCUCUCCUCCUCUCCUCAUGGCCUGACCUGUUGCUCCCGUCGCAACAAGCGCAAGAGCUUCAACGUGCCCAACUCCAACAUGGCUGCCGGGCGCCGGGGCAGCGUGCAGGAGCUCAGCACCAUCCAGAUCAGAGAGAGGCCACUCAGCAACAGCCGUUCCAGUCUGAACGCUAAGUUCGAGGAGACAGUGCCGUUGAACUCGGAGCAGCAGCCCUACAUCACGGCGGCGGUCAUCAGCAUGCCAACUCCGCCCGUCACCACGCCAGAGGGCGGGGACUCGGCCAGUUCGCCCGAUUACUUGCAGAGCAACAUUGUCCGCGUAUCAGCUCUAUAGACCUACAUUAAGAGCAAUCAGCCUGGCGUUCAUUUUUCCCUCUUUCAUUCAGCGAGUGGACGCUGGAGGAGGAGGGGAUUGGAGAGAGAGCACCCUCUGGUGGAUAGGAGGCGCUACUGCAGAGACCGAGACCAUGAUCAGAACCCUUUAUUUCAGCCCUUCUUCUUUGCGCUUGGACACAAGAGCCGCCUGGGCCCAUAAUGCCGAGCACUGGGGCUUACCAGUCUUUUACCCACAAAGAGGGACCAUAAAUAAUGACCAUAAUUUUCAUGCUUGUUACAAUUUUUGGAGUAUUGUGUGUCUUUACAUUUGUCGUCUUAAACUUGGUAGUGGACAGAAUGAGGUGACGUGGAGGAUGCAACAAAAAUUUGGUGCAUAUUUGGGUAUUUUUUUGGGGUGCUCAUUAGGUAUUGGGUGUCUUUCUGGGGUCCUAGUUUUACUCAAGGCUAUUUACCGUGCUUUUAGAGAGACCUACAAAAACAGAGCUCCUUUUGAUAUUUGACACUACAAGAAAAAUCAAGGUUUUUAAGGUUGUAUGGAUGUGCGCGUGAUUGUGCGAUUGUGCGUGUGAUUGUGCGAUUGUGUGAUUGUGCGUGUGGGUGCGUUUAAGGCUAACCUUUUUUGCAUGUUCUGCAUUCGUGAGUCUGUGUCCUUUCAAGUUUGGCAUGAGCAAUAAGGUUUUUUUUUUUAAGCCCCAAUGUGUGUGGAUUUUAUUUCUUAGCACAUCACUUCCUCUUUACUCAGUGCACACGGCUCAUUUUUAAACAUCUAUUGAAAGUCAAUUCUGUGCACAUGCAGACCGAAAGUGACUUUUUCAGUCCCUUUUUCCCUCACUGUAACAAUUUCAUCUUCUCUUGAGACCUGGCCUAAAAAGGGUUUAAUGGAUCACUGACCAUAUAUUUAAAAAAAAAAAAAAAAAAAGAAGUGGGGGAACAGCAGUGUGGCUCACACACUAUGAGAAUCACUGGACAAUAAAAUGCUUCUUUGAAGCCAAACGUGAUAUUCCCUCAUCUCUUUGUAAGGAAUAUUUCUUUUAUUCUUACCGUCAAGUUCUGAAUGUACUGUGAAAGUUUUUUUCUUUCAAUGUCCCAAUACUGUGCAUGAUGUUUUAAAGAAUAUGGGAUAUGGACCAACAAGGCCACCAUACCCCAAUGUGUUUUUAUGUUGGAUCGUUUGUCUUUCCGUUCCUCUCCGUCUGAAUGAACCAUGUGAGCAGCAAAUUCCACCUCCAUCUGAACCCAGUACUAAUUAAACAAGAUUUAGCCAUAACACAAGCACUGCAUAAAAGACAUGUGGUGACAAAUUCAUGCCCAAUAAUAGGACAGCGUCCUACGUCGUGGGCUUCUCACCAGAUUAUUUUAUCAGUGCUAUAAUCAUACCACUCCCACGCGCUGUCGAAUAUCAAAGGGAAAGUACGAAUAAAGGCUGCUCUGAGUCAGAGAGAUGUAUUAGUCAUAUCUCCAUGUCUUGAAUUAGCAAGAAAUUUGCAUAUAAUAUGAAAAGACUAUUUUAUUCUUGCACUUGUCACUAAGGCCUGAGUGUUUUCUUGUGCAGAGGAGUCAUUAAAAUAGCCUAAACCGUACAAACACACACAUCAGCACUCACUUCCAUUAUUGCUUGACCAUGUGACUUAUGCAACAAGGUUCUUUUUGUAAAGAUACACUUUGUAUUAAAGGGGAUAUCAACUGGGGGGAUAGAAUCAUGAAAAUACAUAUUUUUAAAAAUCAGAUGGUGUUGAUUAUAAAUUAUAAAUGUUAUUUCAGUUGUACAAAAGAGAAUUUUAAAAAAAAAAAGGAAAAAAAAUAACUAUGAGAGACUUGC